UCAACACUCAUUUUAAGAAAAGCGUUAUACUAUUAAAUAUUAGAUGUUAUAUAUUAACAGAAGACAAUUGUGUAAAGCUGAUAUCUUUAUCAGUUAAAAUUUAAUUACAAAUAUAUUACAGAUUAACUCCUUGACAUUAAUAAUCAAGAUCGCAAUAUAAAAUUACAACAAAGAAAAUAGAAUACGCGUGAGUGUGUGAAGAUAUACAGAAUUAAUAAUGACUUCAAUAGUGGAGAAACCAUCCUCAGAAAAAUCAAAAAGCGUAAUAAAAAAAACAACCAUUUGUCAUUGUCGAACAAAUAUGAAUUUUAACGAAUUCAUAUUUCAAUGGACUUUUCUUAACUUUUCAAAGUUAUCCACAGCAUUCAGUACUAUUUUAGCUAGUGGAAUUACUGAUAGUCAAAAUUUUUCUCUCUGUGCGACUUUUGACAGAAAAGAAAAUUUUACAAUGUCCUUUUAUUCUUUGCUUAUGGCUAACCAUCAAAAAAUUAAAGUUAACUAUUUGUGUUAUGUAGAACAUAGUCUAGGUGCACUGUAUAAAGAUUAUCGGGUAUAUGACACUUAUUUAACACAUAACAAGAUGAUAUAUAAAUUAUCUGUUGAUGAACUUAAGAGACAGAAUUGUUUAGACAAUAAUAUACUUAGAGUACACUUUUAUUUUGAAAUAAUCGAAAAUAUAUUGCAUCAUAUUAUGCAGGAAACCAUAAACGAAUCAGAAGAAUAUACGAUAAAUAAUUCUAUUUUAGAACAAAAAUCGGGAUUAAAAGUUUCAUUUGUAAUAGACAAGAAAUCUUUAUCUAUAGACAGAGAUAUAUUAUGUUCAAAAAGCAAAUUCUUUGAAAACUUUUUACUUGACAAUGAAAAAAAGGUCAAGAAAAUAGAAAUAUACGACGUAACAUAUGAUGUUUUCAAACAUUUUAUAUCCUAUUUAGAAACUGGUAGUUUAAAAGAUAGUCUAGGUAGCUUAGGGCUAAAUGAUAUAACACUUUAUACUAAGCUAGAAUAUUAUCGCUCAAGACUUGAUUCCAAUUACGUAAAAUUUCGACAAAUGUUACAUGAUCUCAUUGUGGUAGCUAAUAAAUAUAACGUACAAGAUCUUUUAUUAUUAUGUGAAAAGUUUUUAAUAAAAACCAUGUAUAAAUUAAACGCUAUUGAUGAUUUAGAGAUUGCGUAUUUAAACAAUGCACAAUUUCUAGAGAAAUAUGCCAUAAGAUUUAUCAAAUUACACAUAGAUGAUUUCGCAAAAAUAAUACCUUUUCAAGAUCUAGUGAUAAAAUAUCCCAAGUUAUUAUAUAAGAUCAAGAAUGAAAAUUUGAAUUGCCAAAAAGUGUCUUUUAAAGUUGAAGAUUAUCCAAAUCCAGAUUAUAUAAAAUCAAUGUCAAAUAAUUUUGCAUAUUAAAUAUUCUUAAGUUUUUAGCAAUUAAUUUUUUUUUAAAGUUAAAAAUAUUUAAAAAUAUGUUAGAUGUAUCAAAUUUAUCUAAGAAAACUUAACUUUUGCUAUUAUAUAUAAUCAUAAUUAAAUCCGAAAUUUGGCACGAUAUGAUCUUAUCUCUUUAUACAUAUUUUCAUAAAAAAUAUAAAUUGUUGUAUAAUAACUUUUAAAAUGCUUGUUUUCGCGCGAUAUUCAGGAAGAGAAAAUAAUUUUCUUAAUUAAUAAUAUCAUAUUUUUCAAUAUAUCUAAUAAUAAAAAGCAUUUGUAAUGAAUACUGUUUUCAGCGUUGCGCAAAGAAAAUAUAGUAAAAAUGUAUCUUGUUUGUAAAUGUAUAUCGAUGAUUUCGUUUUA